AUGAAUGACGAUUUCUCUCGGUAUCAUAUACCUAAUGUUACCAGUAAUCACUCAGCAGUUCUGGAUGUAUUCGACACAUCUACCAUGGGAAAUUACGUUGCUACUGUGGAAGAAGUUUCAGGACUUCAGAAAUUUGAAGACUGGUAUAAACCUAUUCACGGAUACUUAGCGGCUAUUGUUUGUGUUUUCGGUGUGAUAGCUAAUAUACUGAAUAUUGUAGUUUUGACUAGAAAAAAUAUGCAGACUUCUACAAAUGUGAUUCUGACUGGAUUAGCUAUAUCAGAUGGCGCGACCAUGGCCGCUUAUUUCCCUUGGGUUCUGUGGAUGUACAUUAUAUACGGCACUGACGUCAGUCCAAAACGGGACACGCUCGAAUGCGCACAUUUUCAGAUGUGGUACGCCAUUUUUAGUGUGAUUGUUCACUCUAUAUCAAUAUGGCUUACCGUCACCCUCGCCGUAUUCAGGUACAUUUUCAUCCGUUUCCCAAGACGAGGAACACGAUAUUGUAAUAUACAGAGAGCAAAACUGGCAGUUGUCAUCGUUGUCGUCGUCGUAAUCAUCGUCUGUAUUCCAAACUCCGUAAAUUAUGAGAUUUAUGACGGAGUGGCGAGUGUAGUUGUGCCGGAGUCCCGAUGGGGAAACGAGACAAUAUAUUGGGUAACUCAUAAGAAAACGACCCAAUUUCAAGUAUUCAUCAAUAAAUUCAAUUUCUGGGUUCAAGCAUUACUGGUGAAAUUACUACCUUGCGUAAUGCUCACGGUUUUCAGUUUUCUACUGGUGAAGACGAUGAGAGAUGCCGAAAAACGCCGGAAGAAGUUAUUGAGCAAGACCCCAAUCUCUGAUGGAGAAAGUGGCGCCACCUCGAGUGGGGGAGGAAACCACAAAAAGAACAAGAAAAGCAACAGGAGUAAUAGAACAACGACCAUGUUGCUCCUGGUCGUGUUGUUGUUCAUUCUUACGGAGACCCCACAAGGAGUUUUGAAUGUCCUAAGCGACCUCAUAGAUGGCUUUUACGCAAAUGUAUACACCCCUCUCGGGGAUCUUCUUGACAUUAUGGCCUUGAUCAACAAUGGAAUUAAUUUUGUUCUCUAUUGCACCAUGAGUAAACAAUUCAGAGACACUUUUUUCAACAUUUUCCUUCGGAACUCUCCAGGCGAUCGACGAAAGACUACGACAACGUAUAUUACUACGCAACAGACUCAUGCUACCAAGGACUCCGACGUGUAA